UAAAGUUUCCUUCCGCAUUGUGAACAGUGUGAAGCUGACACAGAGGAGCGAGGCGAAGUUGCUUCGGUGUUAAUUGACCCUGCUGGGAGAUCACUAAGCAAAGAGGUUGGUGUGGAAAGUACAUAGCAACAAACAGAAGACACUGAUGCUUGAGUGUCAACAUGGCAGAUAUGGACCCUGAGACCACCACCCACACCGAGCCCAUGGUGGACGAAGAGGAGCCUCUUUUCAGCAACCUGGACCUCUUCCUCUUCUCCCUGAUUGUCGGCCUCGUCAUUUAUUGGUUCAUGUCCCGCAAGAAGCCUGAGCCCAUCCCUGAAUUCAAGAAGCUAGAUACACCAACACCCACUACGAGAGAGACAAGUUUCAUCGAGAAAAUGAAGAAAACGGGCAAGAACAUCAUUGUUUUCUACGGCUCCCAGACGGGCACAGCGGAGGAAUUUGCCAACAGACUGUCCAAAGACGCUCAGCGCUACGGCAUGAAAGGAAUGUCUGCCGAUCCAGAGGAAUACGACAUGGGUGAAAUGUCCCGUCUGUCUGAGAUCAAUAACUCCCUCGCCAUAUUUUGCAUGGCCACCUAUGGUGAAGGAGACCCAACAGAUAACGCCCAGGACUUCUAUGACUGGCUGCAGGAAAAUGAUGAUGAAGACCUCUCUGGACUAAACUACACGGUAUUCGCUUUGGGCAACAAGACAUAUGAACACUACAAUGCAAUGGGAAAAUAUGUCGACAAAAGGCUGGAAGAACUUGGGGCAAAGCGCAUCUAUGACCUUGGUUUGGGAGAUGAUGAUGGCAAUCUGGAAGAGGAUUUCGUUUCAUGGAGAGAGCAGUUCUGGCCGGCCGUCUGCGAGCACUUCGGAGUGGAAGCCUUAGGAGAUGAAUCAAGCAUACGGCAGUAUGAGCUGAAGGAGCACACCGACAUCAACAUGAACAAAGUGUACACAGGCGAGAUUGGCCGUCUGAAGAGUUUUGAGGUCCAAAAGCCGCCCUUUGAUUCAAAAAACCCUUUCCUGGCACCAGUCACUGUCAACCGCAAACUCAACAAAAGUGGUGAUAGGCAUCUUAUGCAUCUUGAAGUAGACAUAACAGGCUCCAAGAUCAGAUAUGAGUCAGGAGACCAUGUCGCUGUUUUCCCCACAAAUGACUCGGCGUUGGUGAACAAGCUUGGGCAAAUCCUUGGAGUGGACCUUGAUGUUGUUAUCUCUCUCAACAACCUUGAUGAGGAGUCCAACAAGAAACACCCUUUCCCCUGCCCAACCACCUACCGCACAGCCCUGACUCACUACCUGGACAUCACACAUCCUCCUCGCACCAACGUCCUCUACGAGCUGGCACAGUACGCUUCUGACCCCAAAGACCAGGAGAAUAUGCGCAAGAUGGCCUCCUCUUCCCCCGAGGGCAAGGGGCUCUACCAGAGUUGGGUGUUGGAUGUCAAUAGAAACAUCCUCGCCAUUCUGGAGGAUAUGCCUUCCUUGAGGCCUCCCAUUGACCACCUGUGUGAGCUGCUGCCUCGUCUCCAGGCUCGCUAUUACUCUAUCGCCUCCUCCUCAAAGGUUCACCCUAACAGCAUCCACAUCUGUGCCGUGGUGGUAGAAUAUAAGACCAAGACUGGCCGCAUCAACAAGGGAGUGGCCACCAACUGGCUGAAGAACAAACUGGUCACUGACAACGGCCACAAGUCCACUGUUCCUAUGUACAUCCGCAAGUCCCAGUUCCGCCUACCCUUCAAAUCCACCAUCCCAGUGAUCAUGAUCGGCCCUGGGACAGGAAUUGCUCCCUUCAUGGGCUUUAUCCAGGAGAGGGGCUGGCUCAAACAACAAGGAAAGGAGGUCGGAGAGACGGUGAUGUUUUUCGGCUGCAGGUAUAAGAAUGAGGACUUUAUCUACCAGGAGGAGCUGGAGGAGGCAGAGAGGAAUGGAGUUCUAUCAAAGCUGUUCGUUGCCUUCUCAAGAGACCAGGAGCAAAAGGUGUACGUGCAACACCUCCUGAAGACGCAUAAGGAGCACAUCUGGAAGCUGGUUCACUCAGAAAAUGCUCAUAUCUACAUCUGCGGGGAUGCGAAAAACAUGGCGAAGGACGUGCAGACGGCCUUCCACGAGAUCGCAGAAGAACUGGGAGGCUUGACACGCACCCAGGCCACAGAUUACAUCAAGAAACUGAUGACCAAGGGACGCUACUCACAAGAUGUCUGGAGUUAAAGAGCCUCAAAACCCAGCUUCACUCACGCUACUCAAGUGGUUGUUUUUAAUUUUUAUUUUUUAUUUUUACUGUAUGUCUUUUAUCAGGACUGAAUAUAAAAACAUUUAACACUUCAUACUCACCCUGGUUCAUGAAGAAGAUCAUGAGGCAGACCCUACCUCAGCAGGUUUUGUUUAGAAACCCAUUCAGCAAUCUCAAAGUAUAUUUCCUACUUAUGUAUACUACAUUAUGUAUCAGGACCACCAGCUUGUACGCUCUGGGGUCUUCACUUGAGCCGUGGUCCAAGACCAAAAGUACAUUUAGCCAGUCUGGAUCACAGGACGUGGAAAGAGUCUUUGGUAUAAAUGAAUGAAUCGGUGUAAUUGGGUGUUUUACUGCAAAUCUGGAUGCUCUGGGAUUAGAUUUAGCUGAUUAGAUUAAGAAACCCACUGGCUCAAAAUUCCUUAAUGAAUCAUGUAGGUUUACUAGAAAAAAGAAGCACAAAAGAGUCAUCGUCUCAGAUUUUCACAUUUUUUACUGCUGAGUCAAACAGUUCGGCUGUCAUCAAAACUGAUGGCAACUCUGAGUAGACAAUCCAUCAGUUUUGUGGGAGAGGGACUCAUUGAUCCCAACCUGUGGUUGUACAUAUUAUAAUUCCACUGUGAACAUGAAGAGUUCAGAUGAAACAAUGGAAGCUCAUUCAAUUUGCCAUCUUGAGAUGUUUGUAACUUUGAACCAGUUGGUUUUAACCGUUUGUAGACUUAACCCCAGAGCAAAUAACCCUGCAUAAUACUGUAUGUCUCAGUGAUACAUUGAGCGUUGUGUGUCCAUGUUGCAGGCAGUUUUCAGUAUGAACAUUCAGAGAAGCUUUAGACAUGAAAGGGUGCUGACAUUGAACUAGUUUCUCUCAGAGCUGAUCUAGUAGUACUUUUGAAUGUACUUAAAAUACAUUAAAAUGUUUCAGAAAAUGUGUAAAACGUCUGUGAGGAAACUGGUGUAACAAACUGGCAUCAUAGGUACAAUAUAUGUUUACCUUUGUAUUUUGACAAGGGAUUUUGCCUUUUAUGCAUAAGUUGCUGUUCAUUUUAAAUCGGUAACCUUUUGAGAGGCACAAAGUGAUGCAAAGGGGGAAAAACAUUUAUUGAAAUAAACGAUUAUGUAUUUUAUUUCCCAUAAGCCUGCCGCUAAACAUAAUCAAAAUGAAUCUAUAGGUACCCUGAUAUUUUUGUAAAAUGUUUAAACAUUAGACUUGCAUCCAGAUCUGGCCUUCCAAAUGGCAUUUUAUUUUAUAUGCAUUUGACAGCAGAGGAAUAUUAAAUGAGUUGGUCAUGUGACAGUAACACUCAGACAUAUGACAGCCACCUCUGUUUGGCAAUUUUAUAUGUAUAUAUUUUUUUAUUGUCCAGUAACAUAUGCAUCACUACACAGAGAAGAUGACCAGACAUAUCAAAACAUUUUUUGUGUGUCUCCUAACAUUUUGUCUGUCAGUGCUCAUCUCAGUGUGUUUUUUUGUGAAUACGAGGAGUUUGAAGAGUUCAGCCAACCUGUUAAAGAGCAGCCUGUGCCUUUUUAACACUGCCUUAUGCGUUAGGUUAGGAUUAAAAUUAUGAUACUUGUCUUGUUAACAGUUUUUUUUUUCUUUCCCUGCUGAAAGUUUCAUAGAAAGUCUAAUUAAUCUGAGACACUUUACCCAGCGUUGUCACUUUUUCUCAUUCCAUUUUAUGAUGUGAUUAUUUGAUUGUAUCAAGGCAUGCAUUUUUUUCAAUGAAUAAAUUUGGAAUAAUUUGUCA